GCCUGCACUUUGCAGGUAAAACUAAAAACUCUCUCUUUUAACUUCAAAAUUAUCCAUUUUCAUACCACUUACAGUUCCUCCGAACGCAAUUUGAAAAAAAAUUUCAACAUGGGUAUUUGCUCAUGCUCGAAAAUAUGUUCAGCUGAAUUGGUUCUACGCCAUAAUCAAGUUGCUAAUUACCACCGCUUUUCCAAAAGAGCAUGCUAUACUUCCUUGUCGGCGCUGCUGGUUGAAGACUAUGUGUUUGAUGAAAGUCCGGUAGCCCAAAUUGAAGUUGUUCCUAAAGUUAAUGUCACAAGAAAUUGUUCAACUGUUAGGAGGAAAGGGAUGAUCUUUCCUUUUGUAGUUCGGGUGCUAAAAACUUUGAACUGGACGGUUGCGAGGAAGGUAAGGUUCUCAACGGCCGUGAAACGUCAUGGGUAUUUUAACUCUUUAUAUGCAUUUAGAAUUAUGGUUCAUGUAUUUGCGUUGGUGGGAAUGCGAAUGGAAGUUUACUCUCUUCUUCGAGAUAUUGUUUGCCAUGCUAGGGAGGCUGAGCUAGAUUUAUUUGCAUUGCUCCCAUUUCUUGUGGACUCAAAUUAUGAUGUGGAAAAGUUAGCUAUUGUGUUUGACAUGCUUAUAAAGGUUUUCUCUGGUAACUCAAUGCUUGAGAAUGCUGUGGAUGUGUUUGUUCAAGCCAAGAAAAUGGGACUUAAGCCGGAUAUUUUGUCGUGCAAUUUUUUGCUCAAGUGCUUGGUUGAAGCAAAUAGGGAGGAUUUUGUUAGAAGUUUGUUUGAGGAUUUGAAGACUUCUGGCCCAAAUCCUAAUGUGUAUACCUACAACAUUAUGAUGAACUUCUUUUGCCAAAGGAUAAAUGGGUGUGAUGUCAACAUUGAGAAAGUAACCUUGUUGUUGGAGGAAUUACUGAGCAGUGGUGAGAGACCCACUGUUGUAACAUACAGCAUUUAUGUUCGGGCUCUUUGUAAAGUUGGUUCUGUUGAGUCUGCUUUAUUAUUUAUUCAAAAUCUGAGACGCCAAAAUCGACCUCUUAAUGCUUAUUGUUAUAAUCCUAUUCUUUAUGAAUUUUGCCUAGUGGGUAAGACACAGGAAGCUUUGAAGGUUUUCCAGGAAAUGAGGAGUUAUGGAAUGCUACCAGAUGCUUAUAGUUAUAGUAUUUUGGUUGAUGGGUUCUGCAAGAGAGGGGAAAUUGAGAAAGGUCUCAGUCUGAUUGAGGAAAUGGAACUUUAUAAAUUAAAACCAUCACUGGUCAGCUAUUCGUCUCUAAUUUAUGGUCUUUGUAAGAGUGGACUGAUGGAUGUCUCACUAGAUAUUUUUCGCAGACUUCAGAAACUUGGUUACAAAUAUGACUUGAUUGUUUACGACAUCUUGAUUAGAGGAUUUUGUUCACAUGGUAAUAUGGAUACUGCCAACAAACUUUUGGAUGAGAUGGUAGACAAUCAUUUAUGUCCUGAUGCUUUCAAUUUUAGUGGAAUGAUUCAUUGGUUUUGCAAAAUGGGACACUUCAAUAAAGCAAUAGAGCUUUUCAAUCUCAUGCUAAAACAUUGUGGUUUGCCUGAUACGAUGACUUGCAAUUUUAUUGUUGAUGGGUAUUGCAGAGAAGGGAACUUGGAAGAGGCUCUGAAACUUAUGAUUUAUAUGAAAGAUCACAGUAUUAUGCCUAACUCAUAUUCCUACAAUAUAAUCAUGAAGAGGCUGUGUGAGGAAGGAAACUUAGAAAAAGUGUGGGAGCUUUUGCCAAUAAUGUUUAAGUCGAAUAUACUUCCAGGGGUUGUACACUAUAGUACUCUUAUAGAGGGUUUUGCUCAACAGUCUAAUAUGAAAGAGGCAUUAAUGCUGUAUGGAAGAAUGGAAAGACUAGGAGUUACACCCAAUGCUGUCACCUUUACUAUUAUUGUUAAUAUGUUAUGCAAUAGGAAUGAAACAUAUGGGGCAUAUAGAUUAUUUAAGAAAAUGAUUGUAAAAGGUUUGGUUCCAGAUAAGAUUUUGUACACUUCUAUGAUAGCAGGAUUUAGUAGAAUUGGAGACAUGAAGAAGGCCUGGGCUUUGUUUAAGGAAAUGUCAAAUGAUGGUUGUUCACCUAGUGUUGUUACUUACACUUGUUUAAUUGAUGGAUUCUGCAAGUUAAAACGACUGGAUCUUGCAAGCUUUUUGGUUGAUGAUAUGAAGAGAGCUAAUCUUACACCAGAUGUGAUAACUUACACUGUUCUUAUUGCUGGAUAUCUCAGGCUUGGAAAAAUUGAAAAAGCACAUGAACUAUUUGAUGAAAUGAGAGCAGAUGGUAUACUUCCAGAUGAUGUUACCCUCCAAACACUGGGUUUGCCUUCUAGCAUUGUUAAUCAGAAGUUGGAGAGCUGAGAAAAUGCUUUUACUUGCACUCACAUGGUACAAAGGCUGCUGUUAUUCAAUAACAAAAUAACGUAAGCUGCAUUGAAAGAGAGAAAAAGAGUUGGUAGCAAUUGGCUCACAAGCAAAGAAUAUUGAUGACAUGAGAAAUGGUUGAAGAACAAAAGUACCGGUAUUCGACUUGGAGACAGGAACUCAAAGUGGAUUUAAGGAGCUUGAAGUUUCUGAAGAUUGUGGAGUGAUCACUUUUGAAGGAAUCUGGUUUACAUCCGGACAUCAGGAAAUCACUUAACCUAUGGAUUGCUGUUGUUGGAGGUGUUGAUUUGCAUCUGAUUUCUCGAGUUCAAAAGGAUAAAUGUAAAGCUGGGUGUUUAAUGUCACCAAAUGACAUAACGAUGACAGUUUUUCCAAAUUGCUCUCAGUACAGUACAUGAUGGAAAUUUAAGGGUCUUCAAGUGCGCUAGCUUGGAAACUAUUCUCAAUGAGCCCAAUUCUCAUUCUACUGCGAAGGACUUGGAUUUCAGGGAUGAGAAUCCUUCUCAAUUGGAACUUGUUACCAUAGGAAAUCGUUCGGUUUACUUGCUCAUGUUUGGAUGCAUCACUCUUUAUCUUUCAACAAAAACUCGAUAAUCUAUGUAGAUCACACAGGUCACAUGGAACAACUAAUCAACAUGUUGAGUUUUGAAUUUACAUUAAAGGACUUGGGUCCCUACAUUUCUUCCUUGAGUGGAAAUUCACAAAACCACCUCGAAAAUACAUCAAAGAUCUACUCAACAAGGCAAGGAUGUUGGAGGUUGCACAGUAGUACAUCUAUGGUUGGUACUCUCCAUAGUAGCAUCAACCAACGACAACGAUCUUGUUGGUGCAACAAAGUGUAAAAGCAUUGCUAGCUCCCUACAAUACCUCACUCUUACAAGAGGACAUUAUACAUGCCGUUGAUAAAGUGUGCCAACACCUCCAACAACCAAAGCUUAAGGAUUUGAAAACCAUGAAGUGAAAUUCUAGGAUACUUAAAAGCACCGUUGAAUUGGGAAGGCUGCCCUGAUACAAGAAGAGUACCACAUAAUCAGUUGCAUCUCUUGGGCAUCAAAGUAGCAACCAAACAGUAGCAGGAUCAAGUUUAGAGGUGGAAUAUCGAGCCAUGUCAAGAAGCACAGUUGAACAAACCUGGUUAACCUUUAUUCUCAAAUACAUUGGCGUUCUGCUACUCAAAUCACCUUAAUUGUUCCCCGACAACAUGAGUGUUCUUCAUAUGCAAUCAAUCCUGUGUUUAAGUGGCUACGUACCUUCCAAUUUUCACUGUCUACCUUCCAAUCUUCAACUUGCAUCUAUCUUCACCACCAAGUCACUAAUGAAGUCACGUUCAAAGAACUUAGAAGCAAAUUUGGUAUUCGAGAAGCUCAUCCCAAUUUGUGGAAAAAUGAUAAAAUAAUGAAACGUCAAGAUCAAGAUCAUUUUAAUCUUGCCUUGCACAUAUUAUUUAUUCUCCAAUGUUGUAUUAUCAGACUGAUGAAUAUCUCACGCUAUUAUCAUUGUUGUCGUCUGUUAUUGCAUUGUUGUUACUGUUGUUACAUUGCUUUUGCUAUUGGUAUGGUAUUUUGAAUAUUUGACCUA